AUGAAAGUGUCGGAACCUAUUUACGACAUCACGUACUGUUCCCUUAAGAUGAGAGAUAUUAAUAAAGACAGUAAUAUAUGUGCGGGUGGGUCACCACAAGGAGGUACUUCCACUUGUAAGGGAGAUUCAGGUGGACCACUCCAGUGUCGAUCAAACGAUGGAAAGUGGUAUCAAAUUGGGAUUACAUCCUGGGGUGAGCCCUGUGCUCAUAAAAGGGUGCCCGACGUCUUCACUAGAGUCGCAUAUUUUAGGGAUUGGAUUGAAAAUAUAACAAACAAGUCGUUUAACCUAGAGUGGGGUCUGAGAAUAGUGGGCGGACAGAGAUCUAAUGUAUGGGAGUGGCCCUGGAUGGUCAACCUCAACGUGGAAGUCCAUGUAAGCGGUCAAUACGUGGCUAUCAUGUCUUGCGGCGGAACUAUAGUCCACGAGAACUGGAUUCUAACGGCAGCCCAUUGUGUGCACAGAAGUACAGACCCGGCGCUAUAUUUUGCUUAUUUGGGUUAUAAUGAUUUGGAUAUAAAAGGUCCAGAUCAGUUAAGAUUAUCAGUUGAAAAGGUGUUGGCACACGAGCUCUUUGAUUACGACAAACAGAUCCAUGACUUGGCACUCAUUAAACUCAACGAAACUCUUGAUUUGAAAAAUAAACACAAAUUUUUACGACCA